UUAGCAAAUUGUUACGAUUGUUACUUCUAGGUUCACCUAACCUUUUCGCUUGGAGCGUAACGUGGGACGUUCCAGUUUUGUAAUAUAUACAAAAAGUCAAAAUGGCUAUUCGACCAGUGUACAGACCUACAAUUGUUAAGAAGAGAACUAAAAAGUUCAUUCGCCAUCAAAGUGACCGAUAUAGUAAACUAAAGAGAAACUGGCGUAAACCAAAAGGUAUUGAUAACAGAGUUCGUAGGCGUUUUAAGGGACAAUAUUUGAUGCCCAAUAUUGGUUACGGAAGUAACAAGAAAACACGUCAUAUGUUACCAACUGGUUUCAGAAAAGUCUUGGUACACAAUGUUAAGGAAUUGGAAGUUUUAAUGAUGCAGAAUAGGAAAUUCUGUGCUGAAAUUGCUCACGGUGUAAGCAGUAAAAAACGUAAAACCAUUGUUGAGCGUGCCCAACAACUUUCCAUUAGAGUGACUAAUGCCAGUGCAAGAUUACGUUCUCAAGAAAAUGAAUAAGAUCUUAUACUUAUUUGUUUUAAUAAUAAACUAUUUACAGUA